CACCUUGUUGUCUCGGACUUUAAACCAUGUAGUUUUCAAUCUUCUAUUGUACUGAAUGUAACAACGUUGUACCUGUGUGUGAGAGAGCGCAAAUGAUUUCCGGAAGAUCAUCUGCUUAACAUUGUGCCCUUAUUAUGUUUCUCUUGUACUGUCAAGUAAUAAACUCACUCAUUUUUAAUUCCAGGAAACGUUGCAAAUGGCCUCUUACCACCACUGUAAAAACUAAUUAACUAGUUUAAUUGAAGAACGGUAUGGUUUCAUGUUAAAAGGAACUAGACAAUUUGUGACUAACUGAGAUGCCUGAAAAGAAUGAGAGCUCGUUCAUCGCUUCUCACCCAGUUGUAGCAACAGUAAUACGCUUGCAGCUGAUUUAAGUGCAGCUUUACGAGCCUGAAUGUUUGCAUAACAGUCAAAAAAGUGACUGAUUCCUGAGAAGUUCACCUUGUUUCCCCAUUUAAUCAGACUCUAUAUUGACUUAAUAUCUCGACCCUCAGGUUAAAUUAACCACCAUUAGUCUCUGUGUAAUGAACUAGCAACCCGAUGGCCCUCUGUGACUAUGGCAACCUUACCCCUUUUAUUAGCUACAUAUAUCAAUAUGAUGAUUUGUGUACUGUCAUUACAUAGGGCUUGAUUUUGAAAGGAUGGAUUGAGCUGACCAGUGGGAGAGACGCAUACGCUAAAAAGGCCAUCAAAUAUUUCGAUGAAGGAAUCCAAGAUGGAAAUCAUGUAUUUGCUAUGAUGGGCAAGGCACAAUAUCUUGAGAUGCGUCAGAACUACUCUGGAGCUUUGGAAAUGGUAAACCAGAUAAUAGUUCAUUUUCCUGGCUUCCUGCCGGCUUUUGUAAAGAAGGUAGAACUCCAGCUAGCCCUGCAGGAUUGGGACCAGACAAUUGAGACAGUACACAGACUCUUACAGAAGGAUAGUCAUAAUUUUGAAGGUCUAGGGAUGCUGGCCCUUCAUUCUUUAUGCAGAGAGGGAAAUAUUAAGGAGGCCGGCUCUAGACUUGGUGAUCUAAUCAGUAUAUUGGACCGUUUUGAACCACAUAAUCCUGAUCUCUUUUAUAAAAUGGCAUUGGCCUUCAGUAGGAUG